AUGGAUAAAGUAUCAACAAUAUCAAAUAACAAUCAUGAUCAUUCAAUUCCUAAUGAUAAACAAACAACUAAAUUUGCUCGUAGUCGUUGGUUUCAUGUUCUUGCACUUGCUGAUCAACUUCGUCAGAAUACAGAACUUAAAAAAAAUGAACAACUACGACAAUAUGCAUUUGAUAUUCCAGUAGCUGAUAAACGAGAAGCUGUCGUUAUAGAAUCUGUUGAAAUACAAGCUGAUCAUGUUAAAUCUUUUCAACAUGAACUUUUAUUUGCUAAAACUGGCAAUUUUAAUUUAGAUAAUUUAAGUGAAAAUUUUUCUGAUCUAAAACGUACAUUUAAUCGUAUGCUUGACCUGAAUAACGAUGAUUUAAAACAAGUAAAAUUAGCAACAACAAUAACAAAAACAGCUUUAUUAAUGGUUUUACGUGCAACAGAAUCUAUUGUUGAAAUUAAAACAAAUGGAACACGAAAAUUUCCAACAUUAUCUUCAAUUAUUUCAUAUAUUCGUUCACAUGGUGGAGAAAUGGUUAUAAAUGGUCAACUUCUUGUCGAGUGGUAUAAAGUUGCACAAACACUUGAUUUAAUUAUAAAUGAUCCUGACUGGCUUGUACAACCUCGUAAAGCACAUUGGGCUAUGCAAGUAUGUAAUGAAACAUUAGCUUGGGCACGUGGUGUUUUCAAUGAGAAUUAUCGUAAAAAAUCUAUUGGACGACCAAUAUUCGAUCGUGAUGAUAGUAUAAUUAUUCCUGAAGUACAAGACAAAUAA